GACCCGUGGUUUUCUGAAAGCCAUAAAUCCCUCCGCGGGCUCGUAGCGGUUCUGUUGUAGAGACGAGGACUUCCUACUGUCCCGACUGGGCUCGAAGACUCUCUCUCUUGCCGGUCCGCUUGUCCGUGAGCCGACUUCAAGCUAAAGCCUCUCGUCCGACGCAGAGUCAAGCCGCUUUUUCCGCGCCGCUACAGCAGUGAGCCAGCGGACGUAGCCGGCCAGAGUAGUGAGCUUCGUCUUCUGUUUCUUCGGUCAGAUGCUCCCAGCCGUGCAGAUUGACAGGAGUGAUGGGAUGUGUCAACUAGCAGAUAAGUCGUCCCUGAAUGAUGUAAUCGGGCAGAAGGACUCAUCUGCAGUGUUGAGACCAGAGCGAGACAAAGGCGACGAAGCGGACAAGUGGGUAGACAGCGGUGGUACAAGCAUGGGCGUAGGCAAGAACACCGCCUCCAGGCCGGUGGACAGCGGGAGCGAGGGUGGCAAAUAUGAAGAGGAGAACAAACAUGCAGCGGACUUCUACCCCAUUCCGGUGGUGGUAAAUGGAGUGGGCGGAGCCAAUGGGGACCAGGAUACAGAGAACACCGAGCUGAUGGCCAUCUACACAAAAGAUGUUCAAGGAGCAGAAAAGAGCUCAAUGUCAGAGACGUUGGACAGCUUAGACAGCACUGAUCCGAGGAGGAUGGACAUGAUCUAUAUCAUAGAAGACACUCCGCCUUGGUACUUGUGUGUGUUUUUAGGCCUACAGCAUUAUUUGACGUGUUUCAGUGGAACCAUAGCGGUGCCAUUCCUCCUCGCUGAAGCGAUGUGUGUCGGCUUUGACCAAUGGGCCACAAGCCACCUCAUAGGGACCAUCUUCUUUUGUGUGGGGAUCACAACCCUUCUACAAACCACGCUGGGCUGCAGGUUGCCUUUGUUCCAGGCUAGCGCUUUCGCCUUCCUCGCCCCAGCCAGAGCCAUUCUGUCACUGGACAAAUGGAAAUGUAACAACACAGCGAUACUAGAGACAAACAGCACAGAGAUUCUCCACACAGAGCACAUCUGGCAUCCCAGGAUACGAGAAAUCCAAGGGGCGAUCAUCGUGUCAUCCCUAGUGGAGGUGUGUAUUGGGGCGCUGGGUCUACCCGGGCUCCUCCUGAAGUAUAUCGGACCUCUGACCAUCACCCCCACUGUAGCCCUCAUCGGCCUCUCCGGUUUCCAGGCGGCAGGGGAGAGGGCAGGAAAACACUGGGGCAUCGCUAUGCUAACUAUUUUCCUGGUGCUGCUCUUCUCCCAAUAUGCCCGAAAUGUCCACUUCCCGUUGCCGGUCUAUAAAGCAAAGAAAGGCUGGACUUCCUACAGGCUGCAGGUUUUCAAAAUGUUCCCAAUCAUCAUGGCCAUCCUGGUGUCAUGGCUCUUGUGCUUCAUCUUCACGGUGACUGAUGUCUUCCCACCCGAAAAGGACAAGUAUGGCUACUAUGCCCGGACAGACGCACGCCAAGGGAUCCUUUCAGGUGCACCCUGGUUCAAGAUCCCGUAUCCCUUCCAGUGGGGUCUUCCUAGUGUAACGGCUGCAGGUGUGAUCGGCAUGAUGAGCGCCGUAGUUGCCAGCAUCAUCGAGUCCAUAGGCGACUAUUACGCCUGCGCCCGUCUGUCGUGUGCCCCUCCUCCUCCCAUCCACGCCAUCAAUAGGGGCAUAUUUGUCGAGGGCAUCUCUUGUGUUCUGGAUGGACUUUUCGGGACAGGAAAUGGUUCCACCUCCUCCAGUCCAAACAUUGGUGUCCUGGGUAUAACAAAGGUGGGCAGCAGGCGCGUGAUCCAGUACGGCGCCGCCAUGAUGCUGUUGCUGGGCCUUGUGGGUAAAUUCAGCGCCCUGUUCGCCUCCCUGCCAGACCCUGUGCUGGGUGCUCUGUUCUGCACCUUGUUCGGCAUGAUCACGGCGGUGGGGCUGUCCAACCUGCAGUUUGUCGACCUUAACUCUUCCAGGAACCUCUUUGUUCUGGGCUUCUCCAUCUUCUUUGGCCUGAUGUUGCCCAGCUACCUCAAACAGAACCCACUUGUUACAGGCAUUGUUGAGAUUGACCAAGUGCUAAACGUACUCCUCACCACUGCCAUGUUUGUGGGAGGCUCAGUUGCUUUUAUUUUGGACAAUACUAUUCCAGGUUCUCCUGAAGAGCGAGGCAUCGGGAAGCUAAAGCGCGGCUCUGGUCCCAGCGCCGCCGAGCUAGAGGGGAUGCGAUCCUACGACCUGCCAUUUGGAAUGGACUUCAUCCGCAGGCACCCCAUCUUUAAGUACAUCCCCAUCAGCCCCACCUUCGCUGGCUACCAGUGGGGACGGCUGCGGAAAACCUGCAGGAGCAGGGACGGACACAGGGAUGCGGGCAAGGGAGGAGGAGAGGGAGGGGUUUCUCACAGCGAGAGUCUCGCGUAGCCAUCGGUGUGGUGCGUGAUUUCGGGGAGCAAGGGAUGCUGAGAGAAAAGGAUGAAAGGGUGCGGUGCAGGAUUGCUGAGCGUGUGGAUGACGUGUGAACCACCGACCUCCGUCUGUCUCUAUCCCUAACUGUCUGUGUUUUCGUUUGUCACUUCCCACUAUGCUAUUUUGAGCAUGCUAAUGCAAGUCGCAGCCAGCCUGCUUCAGAAGAUUUUACCACAUGGAGUCUGCUUGGUGUGUUUGCAUGUGUGCUCGGUAUGCACACUGACGUAAUGGCCACGUGCUUUUACUUACACUGUCACUUUAAUCCAAACGGAAAUACAAUGACGCACUAAAUCUGCCAAUUGAGAAUUAUGCAAAAAAACAAAAGGGGGUGCAAUGACUUAAUGGCAUGUAUGCAACCACAUACACACACAUGGUCACACACCAACAGUCCUACCAAAACUAGCUUCGCCCUACAACUCUAGGACGCAUAUCUGGUCAGUCCAAGUAGUCGUCAGGUGCCCUCUGCCCAGGCACAGUGAUUGUGAUAUUCGUCUGCCUCCUCCGUUGUGAAUGUCACUCCACGUUCGGCUCAGAAAGACCCACUGAGGAAAAUUGGCCCGCUUCCCCGUGAAACAAACACACACGCUGAAUUAUACGGUCCUCCAAUUUACUUAUCUCUACGGUUAUCAGUAUUAGCCACAACUAUCUUAACAUUUACACGCUCGCACCCUCAUUGGCUGUCGUUGAAUACUGUAAAAGGGGGUCAUUAAUUUCACAGCAGAUCUAAAAGAUGUCUUCCUGGAGCCAUCUUCACUCCCGCUACCAGUCUUCGUUCAUGUAAUAAGGUGGAUAAUGAAUGAAUAAUUAAAGGCAAAAAAUCACUCCGAUCGCAAUUGGAUUUUCAGGAAAGAUUUUGGUGAAAUUUUCCUGACCUGCGAUUAUAAAGAAAUCUCCACAGUCGCUAUUUCCAACCGAAAUUUUUCUAAAAGAAAGUCCAUAAUGGUUUUAUUCAUGUCCUUGGAGUUUCUUACAGAGUUGAAUCAGAUUGUUGUCAAGUGGGCAAAGAUUAGCCAGGAAGAGAAAUGGGGUGGGAAAGGCGCUCUGGGUUGUUACUCGGACUUUCUCCUCCGUUAACAUUCUACCUCUCAACCCGGGUGUUUGUCCCGGUCCGCUUUCUUCGGCCUGUCUUACGUUAGUUUUAGGCCUUUUGUUGCUCAGUUGUGAAGAGUUAGACUGACUGAUAUUUUACCACUCAUUGACCUGACAACCUGCUGCGAGCCUUCAUCUUCAUUGGGACACGUGCAAAUAAGAAACUACAAUACAGCACCACAGUAGCCAAGUAGUUUGGAGUAAGAGUUCGGAGGUAUUGUAUUCUUCUUAUAGUGCGAAGUAGCCAGACCGAUUUCCAUGUUACACUACUUUCCAGUUUUAGUAAUGGCGAGCUCGCGUCAUAUUGAGCAGAAUAAUGUUGCCCGGAGGAGAUAUGUCACUCCAUUUUGCCUCAAUCGCUUCAAGACAAUCGACACAAUUCUUAAGGCUCGGUGAAUGUGUAAUUAUCCAUCGUCUCAUCCCAUGAGCAAAUCCGAGUAGCGGAGGUGGAGAUAACUCCGGCAAGAGCCAAACAUCUCCGUGCUGUCCAGACAGGCGCCCUCUUCCUCCUGAAGCAAUUCCGCACAGUACUGUGCCUCAUGUGGCCUUAUCUGAGACGCCGUAAACACUGACCCUGCACGCUUCAAUGUCAAAUGUUUGCAGGGCUCUCUGAUCCCUCUGUUACUGGUUUACAGGCUCACGUUCACACUAUACAGCCCAGCGGUCUGUCCACUCGUGAUGGCGCAAACUACUGUAGUUUGGAUUUGGACAACAGGAACAGAACUAGUGAAUGUCUCUGUUCUGUUCUCUGGCUUGAAUGGAUCAUCAUAUUAUAAAAGUAGCACAAUUACCAAAAAAAUGCUUUAAAAGUGCUUAUUAUUUUGUCCCGAUUUUUUUUUUUUUUUUAAACAAACCAAAAAAUGUGUUUGCGUUUAGAAUUUUCAUGUUACCAAAAAAACAAAAACAAAUCAAAACAUGUACCCAUAAAAAUUAACCUACAUUUUCUGAGCUUUAUCUUUUGUUAAAGCUCUUUCUUUAUUUAUGGAAAGAAAGUCAGUGUGCAAAGCUCGGUUGAAGCAAGUAUUUGUGUGGCUUGCACAAUGCUGAAAGUUUAUUUAUGAUUUAUUAGUUCUCCUCCUCGAUGACCACAAGUCAGCUCCAGCUAAAUUGAACUGACCAUAUAAGGCAUCAGCUGCCAUUAUUGCAGUUACAAAUAAAUCACACUAGACGUCAGCGCCUUUUUACGAUUUCAUUACAUGUCAAGGUGCCAUGAGUAUCUCAUUGACCUUACAAUUUUUCUAGAAUGGACCUGAAGACUAACGCAUGAACCACAUAAUACUGAUGGGCCUAACUCUUUAACCACUCUUUAACUCUUUGUUUUUGUUUUUUUACUUAUUUUUUUUACCCAUGUUAAUUUUUCAGUUUCACUUACGCAUACCAUUAUACAGUGUUUCCCAUCCUUUGUGGACCAACGCAGAUAUUUUACAUUAGGAAAAAUCUCACUGCACACCACCAACAAAAAUGUCAUGUUUCAAUUUACUCACAAAUAUACCUUGGUGAAAUUUGGGCCUGUUGAAUUGAACACAGAUCUAUUACAGUUUUGACAGACUUUGACAUAUGAGAUUAAUUCAUUCCAUGACCGUGCUUGUAACUCAAAAUACACAUCUCAAAUCAUCUUUCCCCAUUGAAAUGAAUUGAAAUGCUGUUAAUUCGUUCCAGCCCACUAAAAACCAAAAAUGUUUGUAAUGUGUUUUUAAUAAGGAAAAAUAGCACUCUGUAUUAUACUUUACAAACUCAUACAGUCAUGACAUACUUAAAUAGAAUGUUAAGAAAAAAGCCACAUUUUCUGCUUCAAUGGACAUUGGUGCUGUUCCUUCAGGUGUGUGUGUGCUUUGGCCAUCUGGGGGCAGUAUACUACAGACAGACACAUCAGUAUGUGUCAGUCUCGGGUCCUCAGUAAGCCGCUCUAAUAUUAGUCGUUCUUUGCCUAUGAUAAAGAAAAGAAAAUGUUUGAGUAUUGUUCCAUUAUCUGUCUACAUUGUUGCUCCACUGUUUGUACACAAUGUGUAAUUAUCUUUGUGUUAUAGUAAGCAUCAAAAGGGAGUGGCAAUGAACAACUUGAAGCCUUUUUUGAAGAAAAAUAAUUGUUCAAUAUUUGCCAAACUGCUGCUUGUUGUGAAGUGACUUCAUGUCAUUGCCACUCCAGAGUGCUCAUAUCUCAAAUUGUUUUGCUCCCUGGUCAAAGCAAAAAAAAGAAAACAUCUGAAUGACUGCUCGUCAGGUCAUUCGUAUCUCAAGGCACCACUGUAUUCUGAUGUAUGAACGGUGACAGGUGGAUACACAGAUGUAUUGCACCUUCUGCCAUCUAGGAAGAUCAUUUAGUUGUUCUGUCUGUCAUACAUUGCUGGCAUAAGUAGAUGAACAAAAAUGUAUUUGUAGGAAAUUGUUUUCAAACCAAUGAAGUCAAAUUGCAUCAUUUCCUGCGGCUCUUACAGCACAAUGGUUGGAAUCACUGCAUAGUAUAAUAUCCGGGUUUAAUAUUAUUUCAAUAGUUCAAAAAUGUCUGUACAAGGCCCCCAACCACAACGUGCAGAACUGCUGUAAUCAACAUUUAAUUCCAUACAAUCAACUGAACUCCUAACCCUCAAUUAAUCAACUGUACGCUUGUCAUAAUUAAAACAGUCAUUAAAAAAGAAUAAUAAUCGUACUUCUGACGACAACAUCAUACACACUACAUGCGAUGAGUCAUAUUCAAACUCAUGCGAAUGGAUAUCUCUCUCACAUCUUCCUGUGCUGUCCUGCAGCGAGUCCGUUUGUCUAUGGAGUACCUGUACACGUUUUCCUCUCUGAAUAUUCUGACUGUCAACGUUUAUAAACGGAGGUGAAAACGAAACGACUCGUCGACUUAUUAAGAACUGGCCGGAGCCGCGGCUGUCACGGAAACCGACUUGAUUGCAACAUAGCUCGACGUGCCUGAACACAACGUUAUUUGGCUUUGAGCACAUAAUGGUGUCAAAAAUGAUGACCUGUACAAAACUGGACCUUAAUCAUUGACAUGUUGACUGGUUUAAUGACGAAGCAGCAGGUGAUGCUUAAUAAGGUGGCCAGAAGCACACAAAGACCCUUUCAGUUAUUAUGAAGGGGGUGCUACCUGUACAAAAAUCUUUUGGUGUACUAACUGUUAUAUCUUUGUGAUUGUUCCUGGUUGUUGGUUUUUUUUCUUUUCUUUUUUAAAUAUGUUUUUUGCAAGCAAAUAUUUGUAAGGAAGAAAUUAUAACUUUUAAUCUGAAAUCAUGCUGGAAAGUGCACUGUAUUGUUAUACUUUUAUUUAAAGAAAAAAACUAAAUAUUUGAUCCAAUGUCUUUUUUGGGUGUUAGGAAGUUGUUUUUUUCUUUUACUUUUAAAAUUGCUUUUAUUUUGUUAACGCAUUAGCAGAAAAUACAAACGCAAAGAAGAUAAAUUUAGAGAAUAGAGUACAUGUAUAUUUAACUUGCUAAAAGUCUUGGAAGAUAAAGUGUGUAAACUAAUUGUAGCAACAAUUUUUGUUUGUUCUUAAUACUAUUUAAUAAGAUGUUACAGAAGGUAUGAAGGGGGUUUUUUUUGUCUUCAUUUUAUACUUAAAGAAAAAUCCGUGUGCAGACUUCUGCUUUCAUAUAUGCAAAUCUGCAACCUAUCCUAUUGGAACUCAUCAGAAUCCAGUUCUUAAAUCAUGACAAAUAAAUGAGAAAUUUAUGUCACUAUGCUCAUGGAGUAUUUGUGAGAACUUCCCAAAUUGAAUGGGUCUGUUUUCACAACGCUCCUCUCAAUGAAUAAAAAUUGUACAGUAUGUUAAAUCAUUGUUUUCAUUGCAAUUUUGUCUCCACACAGUUAUUUUUACUUAUUUAUUUUUUAUUUUUGUUAUUGUUUCCCUUGGUGUGAUAUCAGAAUGAUGCAAACUACAACUACACAAUAAUAACACACUGAUAAACAUGUUAAAUAAAUAGCGCUGACAGUGUCAAUCAAAACUGAACAUGAUUGUCUGUAAAGGUAACCUUAUCCGUCCUCAAAGUUUUAUGGAGGCAAUGAAAUCAUUAUUAAACAACUUAUGGUACGUAUAGUGGCUAUAAAAAGUAUC